GCUUGUAUUCCACUUCCAUCUAAAUCUGGGAAAAGGGCGGUAAUGGUGUGAGAGCUUAUUAAAUCCCACUGAUAGCUCUUGUCCCUGCAAGUUCUUCGGCCUUCGGAUCAAUUUCUCACAGUGGGAACUGAUCCUGAACCAUCAGUUCGCGCUGUUAAGACGGGCGUCGUUAUUUAGACGUGGAAGGCUCAGUGUCUUCAUCCCAUCCUUGGUUUCACUAAACAACAUGCCAGAUUUCUACUCGAAGGUUGGCAGGUUACCUUACGUACCGGACGACCUCACCAUCCCACAAUUCAUUCUUGAUCAUGCUCAUCCUAUACGACUAGAACGUCCUAAAGAUGUACCUUGGCUUGUUACUGAUAAGUCGGGCAGGAAGAUGCAUCUUGACGAGAUCCAACGACGAACUAAUGGCCUUGCGGUCGGUCUCAAGGAGAGGUUUUCCAUAGGCUCAAAUGAUCCGGUCCUUUUCUUUUCUACCAAUCACGUCGAUUAUCCUAUAUGCAUGUGGGCUGUACACCGUAUAUUGGGGAUAGUCACACCUUGCAACCCCUCGUUUACGGUUCCAGAGCUUGUGCAACACCUUCGCUUAUCAAAAUCUGGUCUCAUAAUCACCCAUGUCGACUUUCUGGAUACAGUUUGCGCAGCGGCUCGUGAAGUCGGUCUUUCCACGAAGCGCAUUAUCGUUCUUCUCGAUCAAGACUCUCAGACCGUGAACCAUACGGAAUUCGUAUCAGUGGACGAGCUCAUUGCGCAAGGCUGGAAGAGUCAUAACACGAUAGAAGAUGUGAAACUCGCACCGGGUGAAGGUAAAGAGAGGAUAGCCUUCUAUAGUUCAUCGAGUGGUACCACUGGAACGCCCAAGAUUGUUCAAAUAUCGCACUACGCGUUUAUAGCUAAUGUACUCCAAAUUGCAUCCCUCAAUAAGGUCAACGAAGAGUAUGAUGAUUGGGAGAAGCGCAGAUACAGGCCGGGUGAUGCGUGCUUAGCUGUUCUCCCCUUCUAUCAUAUCUAUGGCCUGGUGCUGAUCCUUCAUUUUAACAUUUUCUCUGCGAUGUCUGUGGUUGUGGUCCCAAAGUUCAACUUCAAUGAGAUGCUUCAAAGUAUUGUUAAAUAUCGCAUUGCCUCCCUGAUGGUAGUUCCUCCGCAAGUGGUCUUGUUAUGCAAGGAUCCCAUCGUCAGAAAGUUUGAUCUCUCAAGUGUUAGAGUCGUCUUAUGCGCUGCCGCUCCGCUUACAGCGGAACUCUAUGACCAGCUCGGCCAACUUCUGCCGAACGUAUACAUCGGCCAAGCUUAUGGUUCGACUGAAGCUACUGGUGUUGUAUCCAUGUGCCCUGUUCAGCAAAAAUGCGGCAUGUUUGGGGGAGUACUCGCGCCAGGUGUUGUCGGACGAGUGAUCAAAACAGACAGGAGUUUUGGAGACUACGACGAGGAAGGUGAAUUGUACAUCCGGACCCCGGCAGCUGCGACAGGUUAUCUUAACAAUGAUGCUGCAACUCGAGAAACAUUUGUUGAUGGAUGGAUCCGUUCGGGGGAUUUAGUGAAAGUUGACAAGAACCAUGAGGUCAUUUUUAUUGAUCGUUUGAAGGAGAUAAUCAAGGUUCGGGGAUUCCAAGUAGCUCCUGCUGAACUAGAGGGCUGCAUUUUGGACCAUCCUUUUGUUGGAGAUGCAUGUGUUGUUGGAAUUCCGCAUGCAUAUAGCGGAGAGGUUCCGUUAGCAUUUGUCGUUCUUACUAAGGAUGGGAUGAAUAGAGGCGAGAGGGACGGUGGUUUUGCAGCUGUUAAAUCGUCAAUUCAAAAGCAUGUUGCAGCAAAUAAGGCGUCGUUCAAGCAUCUGCAUCAGGUCGAAAUUACAGAUUUGAUUCCGAAAACUCCCAGUGGGAAAUUACUCAGGCGAAAGCUUCGUGAGAAGGCCCGGAACCUGGCUCAGAAUGCUAAACUUUAGUCAAGUAGACAUAACUACCCACUCGUGGUCUCUCGUAGACAGACUAUAAAAGAUACAUUGAAUAUGCGAGGGACGUCCGAA